AUGCCGGCCUCCAAUGCUCUACCUCUCCUCUCUUCCCCUCUCCCUCUCUCCGUAGGCGCCGGUUCACCGGAGGAGAGUUGUCCUCUGCUUCGGUCUCCAGGCGGACGACGAGGAGCACCACCACCGUUACCACUGGCGCACGUCGCCGCCCCCAGCGGGCACCGCCACUACCUCCUGCGACCAUCAUUGUCUCUUCUUGCGGCCACUACCGCUGGCACCAGUGCACGCUACCGCCUCCUGCGACCAUGGCCGUCGGCAACCACCGAUGCCUCCUCCCGCGGCCACAGCCAUCGCCUCCUGCGACCAUGGCCGCCGGCAGCCACCGCUGCCUCCUCCCGCAGCCACAGUCGUCGCCUCCUGCGUCCAUCGCCACCGGCAGCCACCGCUGUCUCCUCCCGCGGCCACAGCCGCCACCUCCUGAGACCAUCGCCGCCGACAGCCACCGCUACCUCCUCCCGCAGCCACAGUCGCCGCCUCCAGCGGGUGUCGCCUCCGUCAGCCGCCGUCGUCUCCUCCCGCGGUCAUAGUCGCCGUCUCCAGUGGACGCCUAGGUGGUCACCGCCUACGCACCGUUUGUUUACUCCAACCUUCGAGUCGAGAUGGGGUUCCGACCAUUGA